UGAGAACCUUGAGGUUGAAAGCAAGAACUGCUUACCAUUCGAGUGUCUCUGUUUUACCUCUCUAUUUUUAUUUGCAACUCGUUUAACCAGCAACCAAACUCCAUCCCUGUUAUCAGUUAUCACCUGCUAUGUAUCCGUUAAACUUCAAAUAAUGGCUCUCUAUCCAUUGCCCUCCGCCAUUAUACUCAACAAACUCACUUCUUCUCUCCCUUUCACUUACCGCUUUUCCCCUAAAGCUCUCUUCUCCACUACAGCCGCCGCCGCCAUUACCGCAUCCUUACCCCAACACCUUUCCUAUGGCCCUUCCCUCUACAAAGGCCACAAAACUUCACACCAAAACUCUGAUGAAGAUAACUUCACUAGAGUCUUUGAUAUCACUGCUUUACGAGUCCCUGCAGAACACUGUUUCUCCCUCGAGAGCAAAUUACGCGGACACCUUUUAAAUUGGCCUCGCAUUCGUAACAUUGCUAGGGUUCCUGGUGACGACAUUGAUGACGAAUUGAAGGUGUUUAUUGGAAAUGAUAAUACUACUGAUGAUGAAACCCUGACGAUAUUGGAACGGAGAAUUUAUGGGAAAGGUGAAGGAGAUGGAGAGAAAAUGUGUUCGGUGUUAUAUAGAGAUAAGCUUGCGAAGACUUUCAAUUCGAUAGGUUAUGUGAAGUUUGAGAAUUUGGCUAAAAUAUCGCGGCCGAAGAAGAAGAAGAAGAAAUGGAAGAGGGAGGAAAAUGGAAGAGAGAGGAGAGGGCAUGGGAGAAGUGAUAUGUCAACAGUGAAGGUGGUUGAAGAGGAGGGUAGUGAAGAUGAGGAUUUCAGUGGGUUAUUGGGUGAUGAUUUUAGAAGAAGAAAAUGGAGUGGAUCAACGAGGUUAUUGCUAUUGGAUGAGAGGUAUGCGGACAAGGGUAUAGAGGAAAUGCCCGAGGCAAUCAAGGCAGUCCUCAAAGAACACAAUGAGGAAAGUACAAGAUUAAGUUUUGAAAUUGUGAGAUGCAAGUUGACAUUAUUUUACAAUUAUUGGCAGAUGAAUGAGGUCUUAGAGAUCUUGCUUCCACAAGGUAUGAUUGUUCCUUCAGCUUUUGAGACAGUUGGGCAUAUUGCCCAUCUAAACUUGAGAGAUGAGCAUUUCCCAUACAAGAAACUUAUUGCAAAGGUAGUUCUGGACAAGAACAAGCCAAAGAUACAAACAGUUGUCAAUAAAAUUGAUGUCAUCCACAAUGACUACAGAACAAUGCAGCUUGAAGUUUUGGCAGGAAACCAUUCUCUUGUUACUACUGUAGCCGAGAAUGGACUCUAUUUUGAUGUUGAUUUAGCAGCAGUAUAUUGGAAUUCUAGGCUGGCAACAGAAAGACAAAGGCUUCUUAGUUGCUUCACCCACAAUGAUGUUGUUUGUGAUGUUUUUGCUGGGGUUGGUCCCAUUGCAAUAUCUGCUGCAAAGAAGGUCAAAUAUGUAUAUGCUAAUGAUUUGAAUCCUAAUGCUGUUGAAUAUCUGGAAAGAAACUGUGUCCGUAACAAAAUUGAGAGGAAGAUUGAGAUUUUUAACAUGGAUGGGAGGAGGUUCAUUGACAGUAUUUUUGCAAGUGAAAAAGCUAGGCCAAUUACUCAAGUAGUAAUGAAUUUGCCAAAUGAUGCUGCAGAGUUUCUUGAUACAUUUAGAGGAAUUUUCAGAAAUAAGCAUACGGAUAAGCAAUUUACCUUGCCAAGGAUCCAUGUAUAUGGGUUUUCGAAAGCUCAGGAUCCUGAAUUCGACUUUCAUGAGAAAAUCAGGAUUGCACUGUCUGAGGUGGCUUUUGAGGUACAGAUGCACAAGGUUCGCCUUGUUGCACCAGGAAAAUGGAUGUUGUGUGCAUCAUUUGUUCUACCUGAGACAGUGGCAUUUGCUAAAUAAACUCCAUGUGACAUAUGAUGGAGCUUGUGUUUGGUAGCCCCCUUCUCGAGUUCCUUACCUCUCUCUGUUAUAUAGACGUUCAAGUGCAGGAGCACUGCAUCACACAUAGGAAAGCAGAAUUAGCUGAGAGUGAGCUGUCCUUCAGAUAAAAUUUGAACAAAAGAUUUGGUACUUUGAACGCUAUGCUGCAGGUGUGGACCAGUUUGGAAAUGGUUAUAAAGGUGAAGAAAAACGCUCCAGACAUCCAAAUUUCAUGAAAAUAGAUUGUAGGAUCUAAUUUUGGUUUCUCAAUAUAUGGAAGUUUGAGCUUGAUUUGAAUGUCUUGUAGUUAUGAUGCACCAUAUCUUCUAGAGAAUGUAAAUACAGCUGUAGUGUGUGGAAAUUGUAGCUUUACUGUGGACCAUACCAUUAUAGUAGUCAUCUCACUUGGUCAUGAAAAUUUCAUUUUGAACAGCA